AUGUUUUAUUGGUCACAAGGCCUCGAUAGCCAUGAACAUCGACGUCAUUGUAAUUUAGCAAGUGGGUCUACCAUCGUUGAUUGGAAAAAUUUCCUUCGUGAUAUCUGCGCUGAAUUUUUUUUAAGGCAUCCGGGAGUGAUUGGUGGGGUUGGACAUGUGGUGGAAAUCGGCGAAAGUUCAUGGACCAAAAGAAAAUACAAUCGUGGGCGAAUGGUACCAAACCAGUGGGUAUUCGGUGGUAAUGACAGAGACACCAGAGGAUGUUUUGCUGUCACUGUAAAUCGUCGUAAUGCUGCCACACUGUUACCAAUUAUACAAUAG